AGUUUAUGAAGCACUCAAAGACUUUGGGUACAAGUCUUUCAGACCAGGGCAGGAACAGGCCCUCAUGAGAAUUCUAUCAGGUCUGUCCACUCGUGGUGGUCUCCACAGGCAUGGGGAAGUCUCUGUGCUACCAGCUGCCUGCCUACCUCUAUGCCCAGAGGUCCAACAGUAUCACUCUUGUGGUAUCACCACUGGUAUCUCUUAUGGACGAUCAGCUAUCUGGACUCCCAUCCAAACUGAAAGCAGCUGCUGUUCACUCCAAUAUGUCUAAAAAACAGAGGGAGGCAGCCAUUGAAAAGGUUAAGGCAGGUGAGGUCCAUGUCCUGCUCCUGUCCCAUGAGGCGUUGGUAGGUGGAGGUCACUCUGGCUUUGGCUGUCUGCCCCCAGCUGACCAGCUCCCCCCAGUGGCCUUUGCCUGUAUUGAUGAGGCCCACUGUGUCUCAGAGUGGUCCCACAACUUCAGGCCCUGCUACCUGCGUCUCUGCAAGGUGUUGAGGGACCGUCUGGGCGGGCGUUGCCUGCUGGGUCUGACUGCCACCGCCACCCUGUCCACAGCCCUGGACAUCGCUCAACACCUGGACAUCACUGACCAGGACGGUAUCGCUGUCCACUCGGCCGCCGUGCCUGACAACCUGCAGCUGUCUGUCUCCAUGGACCGAGACAAGGACCAGGCCCUGGUGUCUCUGCUGAAGGGAGAGAGAUUCGGGUCUCUGGAGUCCGUCAUCGUCUACUGCACCAGGAGAGACGAGACGACCCGUAUAUCUGCCCUGCUCAGGACCUGCCUCCAGGGGGUGCUGUUGAAGGAUUCUAACCGUACAGCCAGCCAGGAGGAAGAUGACAACCCUAUAGGGAAGAAGAAGAAAGCUUUGGCCAGGAAGAAGAUCCGUAAGCCUCUGAAGUGGAUGGCUGAGUCCUACCACGCCAGCAUGUCGUCAUCCGAGCGCCGUCGUGUCCAGAACAACGUCUUGUGUGGAGAGCUGCGCGUGGUGGUUGCCAUGGUAGCCUUCGGCAUGGGCCUGGACAAGUCAGACGAGUGCGGCAUCGUGCACUACAACAUGCCCAAGAGCUUUGAGAGCUACGUGCAGGAGAUCGGGAGGGCAGGGAGAGACGGAGUACCGGCCCACUGUCAUCUCUUCCUGGAUCCUGAGGGAGGGGACCUGUGUGAGUUGCAGAGGCACAUCUAUGCAGAUACGGUGGACUACUACACUGUGAAGAAGCUGGUGCAGAAGGUGUUUCCUCCCUGCAAGUGCAGACAGAUCUACCAGAAGUACAAGGCUCAGGAGGAGGUUGACGACUCCGAGAUGAUGGAACUGAUGGACACCUGUGAUGAGACCUCUGCUGCAGCACCGGAACAAACAAAGGAGACUAGUCAAAACACCCCCGUUGAGCAGUUGGAACAGGCCAAAGUCCCUACUGAGGACAAGGAUGUACCAACUCUUCAACCAUCGGAGGGGAAGCAGAAAGAACCACCAGAGUUGAGUGUUCCACUUCCCCGGAGAGGGGAUGGCGAACAGGAAGUGGAAGAGGAGGAGGGGCCAGGGGGAGGUGAUGAUUGGUCCACGACUAGGGUGUGUCACACCCAUGAGAGGGCCAUCCCUAUGCAGGACACUGUGGAAGCCCUGGACAUCACUGAGGAAGGUUUGGAGACUCUGCUGUGCUACCUGGAGCUGCACCGUCAGCAGUACGUAGAGCUGCUCCACCCCACCCUCUCCGUCUGUAAGAUUGUCUGUUACAACGGCCCUCAGCAGCUCUGCAAACUCACCAAGAUCUGCCUACCUGUUGCCGGGGUGUUGGCCCAGAAACGGAUGGCAGGGGAGUGAGUGGAGGCCUAUGAUUUGCUGGACUUUGACGUGGUGGAGGUGGCAGACACUAUGGGCUGGCAGCUGGGUCUGGUGAAGAGAGGUCUCAGACAACUACAAUGGGCCACAAACAGAGGAGUCUCGGUGGAGUUCUCCAACCUGUCCUUCUACUUUCGUUCCUACGGUGACUUGACCCCGGACGAGAUGGACCGAGUGUGUGAGUUCCUGCAUGGCAGAGUGGUGGCCCAGGAGAGCACCAAGCUGUACCAGCUCAAAGCCUGCUUCAUGGCCUUCCGCAGUGUCGCAUACAAGAGGUGCAGUUUCUGCACGGACGAGCUGGACGAGAGGCGAAGCCUGAAGCAGCAAGGGCUUCUGGGGGAUUACUUUGACAAGAGGAGAGACCUGGACCUGAGCAGGAAGUUCCAGGGAGAGAAGGAUGGAGAGGACGAGGAGGUGUUGAUGAAAUGCAAGAUGAUGGACUGGGAGGCUCAGAUCAGAGCGGAUAUUCAGAGUUUCCUGGGCAACCACAUUGAUGAGAAGCUCUCUGGCAGAGCUGUCGCUAGAAUAUUCCAUGGAAUUGGAAGUCCAUGUUACUCAGCUCAGACCUUCGGCAGGGACUGGAGAUACUGGAGAAAAUACAUCCAGUUUGAUUUCAAUGAAAUCAUCCGUUUUGCUAUUCAGGAGAUCGUUCGAUUCAAGUGAUCAAAUAAUACAAAAAUGUACUCUAUGUAAAAAGUUGUUAGAUCAUUUUCUUACCUCAGCUGCUUCCAUUAACAUGCAAUGUAUUUAUUGUAAAUCAUGUUUUGUGUGUUUUAUGAUAUGAAUGGCUGUUUUAUGGUAUGGUUUCUGUGUUUUGAUGUUUGUUUGGUGUACUGUGCAUUUCGUGUAAUGUUGUUUCUAUACCCAUUUGAAUACAAUUUAUUUUUGUAUGUCA